CUUACUGGGCCUCGUGUAAAGGUCCAGGGGCAUGGGUGAGGCCAACCGGGCGCGUCUUCAGGUGGCGGAUAGAAGGACGUCCAGGGAGUGAAGUGGUUUCUCGUGGCGGGGAGCGGAGCGUCAAGGACGACCGCGACCCCGGGCGCGGGGAUCCUAUGGAACCCCUGGAUAGCGCAGGCUAUAAGGAACCCGGCCGACGUAAAAAUCGGCCCAGGGAACCGAAGGCCACGCCGCGGACCACUCCCCAAGCCAAGGUGGAAGCAAUCGUGCCGAUGGCUGGAUGGCACUUGGGUAAAGUGUCGCAAACGAUGCCCUUGGGGUACCGGGCAACCCCCCAUUGUAUUUUGCCUUAUCACCGCAACAGGCUCUGUGGUGACGGACCGUUUAUUUCCUGUCUACUCGUGGGACUUACAUGGAUGAAACUACCGAAAACUGCACAAAACAAAUGCAAGCUGGCGUGGGGACUUCGCAAGAAGGACCCACACCAGUUCAUACGGACGAGAGCGAAAGCGGAUCGGAUCCCUUGGAACUCAUUACGACGAGGGCCCAGGAUCUGACCGUCGAAAACUUGAUCUCGAGCGUUAAGGAAGAGUAUUCGCCGAAAGCUAGAUCUACGGAUUCAACGCCCAAGGCGUUCCAUAAACCAAAUCGGAGCGGGGCUGCGAAGAGGAGGGCACGCAAUGCCAGAUUGGCUUUGCAGGGCUCAGACUCCGAGCCGCACCGCGUAGAUGAGGGGAGGGGAGAAGCCAUUGGACAGGGCCCUACCAAGAGGCCCAGUCCUUCGGACAGCACCCCGCUGGAAAGACACACUAUGGCUAAAAAGAACAAGUUCGCCACAAGGCCCACUGGCUACGCGGAUGCCGCAGCUGGGGAUAAGAAGCUGGCCAUCGUGCCGGUUGAUUACCCCGAAGUGGUUCUCGGCCAGGGGCAGGAUGAACUGCUGGAGCGGGGACUCCUCAAAGCUCUGGACUCGAUCCCAAUGGAUCAGGUAGUCCCACACUUCGAGGGGACCCGUUGCGGGCAGGGAAUCCUGUGGGUGACCUGCUCGGACGACCAGGCAAAGGCAUGGCUUAAGGCCAUUGUCCCGAGCCUAAAACCCUGGAAGGGGGCUCAACUCCAGGUGCUGGAGGGGGAGCAACUCCCAAGGUUGAAGAAGAUGACGGCUGUGUUCCCCAGCACGGACGAGAGCAUGCCCAUCGUCCUCAGAAGGCUACAGAGGCAGAACCCGGAACUCUCAGUCUCCUUGUGGAGGGUGUGGGGCCGGAGGUCUGUCCAGGGAAAUAUCCAUGCCGUUCUAGGCGUGGAUGUAGCCUCUCUAGGCCGUUUGAAAGAGCUAGGGUUUGCCCCUCACUUCGGUCUGGGCAGGGCUCGUUUCUACGAGGCCCUGGACAGGGCUGAGAUGGGGGGACGGGGGGCUGGGCAGCUGCUCUUGAGAUGACCAGGAUUGAUCAGUGGCGGACGUGCAGCGUGGGGGUCCGGUAGAGCCGACUGCGGCUACGGGGACCGCCGCUGCGCGUGGAGCCAUCCCCAAGCUGACGCCGAAAGCGCGAGAGCUUGCCUGCGCGUCACAGGCGCCUAUCGUCGCCGGGGGCGCGGUAGUGAGGAACCGUGCCGACGGAAAAGCAGGGGCGGGAUGAGGGCCAGAGGCAGACCGCCUAAGGCCCUCGCCCUGCUCAAGACGGCCCGUAAGGAGACCCAGCGUGGAAUCCAACGGACCAUUGUUGGGUCCCCGAUGGGGCCAUCCACAACGCCCCAAGGGACCAUAGCGGCCCCGAAGGCAUCUGAGAGGCGGAAGGUCAAGGGCGAUGGCUCGUAAUGGAGCUUGUUGCCCUCCUCCCCUAUCCCUACUUCCUUCAUCGCCCAUUUCCACUCCCCCUUCUUCCCUCCCUUUUCCUCCUCUUCCUCCUUCCUAAACCAAAACAGAGUGAGAAGGGCGCACGCGCCUCCACCUAGGGGGUCUGUGGGCCUCCAAAUCUCACAAAUUAACCUGCAACACUGAAUAGCGGCCGGCCUCGGCUGUACUUAGCUAGGACAUAGCAGUUGAGUAGACAGACACAUUUCCCUUAUACAAGAACCAUGGGUCCACAGGGGACUCGUUAAAAGGAUAGAUCGCAGCAUGGGAACACUGGUAUAUGACCUAUGCAAACCCGGCCCAAGGGCAUGUAUCUUCGUAUCCAAAAAAAUGCACCAUGAUAUGAAGCUAAGCAGAUUCUGCAGCAGGGACCUUGCGGUGGCCUCGGUGAGGUUGAAGCUGAGAGGUGGACUGAUCGACCUCGUCGUCUGCUCAGCGUACUUCCCAUACGACACGGUCGAAUACCCUCCUACUGAGGAGCUGAGAGCCGUGGUGGAACACUGCCACAGAGAAGGGCUGGACUUUGUGAUCGGGUGCGACACUAACUCGCACCAUGUCGCAUGGGGCAGCUCGAAUACUAAUAAGAGAGGAACGGCUUUGAUGGAAUACCUCUCGUCGACGAAUCUGGAGAUCCUCAACAGGGGAUCCAGGCCAACCUUUAUCACCUCGAGGAGACAAGAGACUGGGCCCUAUAAGAAGGACCUUGAAGGCAGGCUCGUAGGGAUGAGUGGAGGACUGAGGACUGAGGGUCGAAUCGAGGAACGGGUGAACUUGCUCUCCUCUUCCAUCACUCAAGCCUUCGAAACGGCAUGCUCUCUAAAGACACGGAAGAACAGGAUGAGAGUUGCAUGGUGGAGCAGGGAGUUGGACUCACUGCGCUCAAGUUCUCGCCACCUUCUGAACAAAGCCUUAACGACAAACGGCUAUGAAUAUUGAGCUAAUUAUAGGAUCAAACAGAGGACCUAUAAGAGGUUCAUCAAGAAAUCGAAACUUGAGGCCUGGGGGAAAUUCUGCUCGGGAAUUAAGGCUCUUCCUUUAGUGGCCAAACAUCGCAGGUCCUUGCAAACUGCCCACAACCAAGGCUUUGUGGACUCUCUCUCCUGAAAAGGGAGCAGCUUGAAAAACACGAAGACAUUCUUGCCUACCUUUUGGAAGUGCACUUCCCGGGAUCCAGACAGAUCGAACAAAACCCCUCGGUUGGAGGGGAGCUCCGCGCCACGAGACCUGCUGACUGGACCACUGCCGCAGCGGUGGUCACGUAUGACAGGAUUCGUUGGGCUCUGGACUCGUUCGACGGAUACAAGAGCCCAGGGCAGACGGACUCUUCCCUGCCCUUCUUCAGAAUGGGGACGAUGGGCUGGUUAAGCAACUGAUGCGCGUCUUCAGAUCGUGUCUCGCCCUGAGAUAUGUUUUUGACGAGGUCAAAAUAGUCUUCAUCCCAAAACCGAGAAAGAACAAAUGUGACCAAGCCAAAGCUUUCAGGCCCAUCAGCUUAACGUCUUUCUUGCUGAAAACGUUGGAGAGACUGGUUGAUAGGUCCAUAAGAGAUAGAGCGCUGGCGAGAACGCCGGUGCAGCCAUCGCAACACGCGUACACAGCGGGCAAGUCUGUCUGGAGACGGCUCUUCAUGGCCUGAAAAGGGGUACUAUGGCAAGCAUAUCUACAUCUGUAGUGACAACCACACCGCGUUCAGACUUGUACACAGCACCGUGGUCAGGUCAGGGCUGGUCAAGGACUGUAUCGACCUGUUGACACGGCUAGGUAGUGUCAACAGAGUAAAGUUGCUCUGGGUGUCGGGUCACAGCGGCGUUCAGGGCAACGAAAAGGCACAUGAGCUUGCCAGACUUGGAGCUUCACGGCACGAUUCGGCAAAUCUGUGCCUUGUCAGCAUUACAUGGGAGAUUUUGCGGGGGAAGACUGCGAAGUGGGCCACGGACCGCUUCAAAGAACUUUGGAUGCAAGGCCCAGGCAUGAGGCACAUGAAGGCCCAGUUCUCGGGGCCCUUGAAGAAGUUAGCUACCGAGCCGAUCAACCUGGACCGAACCCAAUUGAGGUUGGACGUGGGACUGGUCACCGGGCACUGGCACACAGAUAAAAAUUUUGCUUGUGUAUAUCUUACAAAUA